UCUUCCUUCCAUGAAAAAACACAAGACAAACAAAAAUCUCUCUCAUGCAUAAACCAAAAAAUUUCAGUUCUCAUAACAAAACCCUAGAAUUUUAUUAGAAACUUAAAGACCUAAAUUAUCUGUUUUAUUUGUUCUUUAAUAGGAUUGGAGUAAUGGCUAUUUCUUCUUCUUCUUCAGUUUCAGCUUUAUCUUUUAACACCAAUUUAUCAUCAUCUUCUUCUUCACCGUCUUUGUUUUCUGGUAAAUUGAACAAUGUUUUGAGUAUGGGUUCUCAGAGAAAACCUAACAGAAGAGUUAUUUUUAACUGUGCGGCGUCGGAAAUGGGUCCACUCUCAGACCAAAUCAGUCCCAGGCAGCCACACAUGUCAAUGAUGCCCCCAUUCGGUUUCACAGCUGAUGAAGCUGCUAUGACCAAGCCGUCGUAUAAAUGGCGAAGGGUGCUGCUUAAAGUAAGUGGAGAAGCGCUUUCUGGAGACCAAGCACAAAAUAUUGAUCCCAAGGUUACAAUGGCUAUAGCGAGGGAAGUUGCAUCUGUUACACGGCUAGGUAUCGAGGUCGCCAUAGUGGUUGGUGGGGGAAAUAUCUUCCGUGGAGCAUCUUGGGCUGGAUGUAGUGGCCUUGAACGCUCAUCUGCUGAUUACAUUGGGAUGCUGGCAACUGUUAUGAAUGCAAUAUUCCUGCAGGCAACAAUGGAAAGCAUUGGCAUCCCAACACGGGUCCAAACUGCAUUCCGUAUGUCUGAAGUUGCAGAACCAUACAUCCGAAGAAGGGCUGUCAGGCAUUUAGAAAAAGGAAGGGUCGUGAUCUUUGCAGCAGGAACUGGAAAUCCAUUCUUCACCACAGAUACAGCUGCAGCCCUUCGUUGUGCAGAAAUAAACGCAGAAGUUGUCUUGAAAGCCACCAAUGUGGAUGGAGUUUAUGAUCAAGAUCCUAAAAAGAACCCGGAAGCUCGCCUUCUUGAUACACUGAGCUAUCAAGAUGUUACAGCGAAGGAUCUAUCAGUGAUGGACAUGACUGCUAUCACAUUGUGUCAAGAAAACAAUAUUCCUGUUGUUGUCUUCAAUUUAUCCAAACCUGGUAACAUCUCUAAAGCCAUAAUGGGAGAAAGGGUUGGCACUUUGAUUGGCGGUACAUGGAAGUCUUCUGUAGCUAAGGCGUGAGGUCGAGGUUUCUGUUUAUAUUGCAUUCCGGAAUCUUGAAUCCGAUGGCGACUUAUACUGGAUUUUCCUGUGGGACAGAAUAAGUAGGAUCCAUAUUUGGCAAGGCAAGGUGGAAUGUCUUGGUUAGGUAAAUUUGGGGAUAAUGGUUUUGACCGUGCACUGAUUCGUGUUGAUAAUGGGACCAUUAAGAAUGUAAAUAAAAUUUUGUAGAAAUGUUUGAAUUUUGUUUCUGUAGAACUAUUAAUAAGAUAUUCAUUCCCCAUGAAUUUCAAUUCAGAUCAUCA